AUGGCGCACUCUGCUGCAGCAGGCUCCAGGUCCGAGCACUCCUUCGACCUCCUCGCACCGAGAUAUCAAUCGCCCUCCUCCUCUUCCGCUGCUGUUACCACUCACCAACAAAUUGCUUCUGCGACAACAAGUCGACGGAAUUCUCUUGUGUCCAACGCAGCAGCCAUUCGAAGACAGAGCCUCCAAGUCGCGGAGAUUUACGGCAACGAUCCAAUGGCGAAACACGAAUAUGACACUCUUGCGCAACGACGACCUGGCGAUCGAUCUAGUGUGUUGGUCGGGGGUCUCGGCAAUGGGAUGAAUAUACAGGAACAGUACGGCCUGGAGGUUCAGAAACAGCGCGGUCAAUAUCAGGAGGAGCAGAAUCAGUACAAAGACAGCCCGAUGUCUUCGCUCGCUCGGGAUCGAGCAUCGAGGGAUUCCCCGGUCAUUGCGGAGCUACGAACCAAUGUUAUCGUCAAGGACGAGUUCACCUUGGUGACCGAUUUAUCCUACAAUCUCGUCAAACGGUAUAAUCGACCUGCUUCGGCUAUCAUGGUGAAGCUCGACCACAGCGCUUGUCUUGCGCUCGGCGGUACCUUUGAUCCAUGCUAUAUCCUCACCAUUACUGCAGUAUCGUCACACAUGGGGCCGACCAUGAACAAGCGGAACGCCGCAUUGAUCCAAUCGUUCAUGGCCGACAUUCUCAGUGUGCCUCCCAAUCGCGGCAUCAUCAAAUUUCACCAGAUGCCCGAGGAGAACUUAGCCAUCAACGGCACCACCAUCUUGGGGGAGCUAGAACGCCAAGAGAAACAUCUCCCAUCGGACAUGCGACGAACAUUCUCACCAAUGAAUCGACGCAGUGUUCAAUCCUUGCAUCAAACAACGUCUCCGAAGAACGACCUCGAUUUCAACCUCGGUCCGCUCCCUCAAGAAUCCCACGUUGAAGCUGCAAUUGCGACGACGUCUCGUCCCGACAAUUCCAACACUUGGAACGCUCUCCCACAGCAAACCUCCAAAUCCGGCACAACGACUCCUUUCCAACGAUCCACCUCCGAAACCAACCCCCAGCGACCCAGCACAUCCCACGGCGACUCGGGCAACAAGACCGAUUUCUCCCAAAGCAGCCUCCGCUCAAAUAGUAUGCGGAACGAGAUCGGCGCCGCCUACGGCCGCCUGAAGAAUGGCCGACCCAAGACCUUCUCGGGCCAAGACUUCGAGAUGCUCACCACCGCGACCUCGAGCUCCUCCAUCCCCAAACUCCCGCAGCUCAACACCGCCACCGUGCCCCUCUCCCGCAAGGACCGCGCCCUCUCCUUCCUCCGCAGCGACCCCAAAGCCUCCCCGACCCUCUCCUCGGCCAUCUCUUCCAAGAAGAUCCUGCACCCGCAGACCUCCUUCCAGAGCACCUCCUCCACCAGCCGCCACGACAGCUACCUCGACUCCCCCGCCGGCGGCGGUCAAACCACCACCAUUGCCGACAUCAAAUCCGCCGCCGCCGCCGCCGCCGCAUCGUCCUCCUCGGCGGCCAACAUCACCAAACGCCGAUCCACCGUCAACGCGACCCCCCGCAUGCCCGCGCCCCCGGCCCCGCCCGCGAUCCCCGCGGACGCGGUCUCGGUGAAGAGCGGCCGGCUGGGCAAGAGGAAGAGUUUCCUGGCGGGCUUCCGGCGGAAUUGA